AUGAAACUCACCUGCGACCCAGCCCGCGCCAAAUCCCUCAUCUCCGCCUUCCAAUCCGUCUCCGAACGCGUUAGCACAGCCGCUGGAACCAAAAAUGUAAGAUUGCUCGCAGUAUCCAAACUCAAGCCCGCAACCGAUAUCCUAGCUCUUCACGAGCAGGCAAACGUAGAACAUUUUGGAGAGAAUUAUGCGCAGGAGUUGAUGGAGAAGGCGGAGAUUUUGCCGCGGAGUAUUAAGUGGCAUUUUAUUGGGGGGUUGCAGAGUAAUAAAUGCAAACCCCUCGCCUCGAGCAUCCCCAAUCUUUACCUCGUCUCCUCCAUCGACUCCCAAAAAAAGGCAUCCCAAUUAUCACUCGGACGAUCUCUCCUCCCCGUCCCAGCUUCCUCCUCCGCACCCCCUACUCCCCUCAAUAUACACAUCCAACUCAACACAUCAGGCGAAUCUUCCAAAUCGGGUGUUUCGCCCGGAAAAGACACCACGGACCUCUGCAAAUACGUAAUUGAAGAAUGUCCUUAUUUGAGACUCGUGGGUCUGAUGACUAUUGGGGCGAUAGCUAGGAGUCACAUGAAAGAAGGAGAGGAAAAUGAAGAUUUUAGAGUUUUGAGGGAGGAGAGGGAUAGAGUGGAGAGGGAGUUGGGGCUAGAGGGGUUGGAGCUGAGUAUGGGGAUGAGUGAGGAUUUUGAAGAGGCCAUCCGACAAGGUAGCGGAGAAGUAAGAAUCGGUAGUACGAUAUUUGGAGAAAGACCUGCAAAGCAAGACUUCAAGGUUAAAGAAGAAGUGAGAGAGGAGAAAUCAUAG